AUGAGUCUUCUUCUCGGUGCAGAUGAUGCCGUGAUGCGACGUACCAAGAACCAAGGGCACGAAAACAAGAGCAAACCGCCCAGGUUGGUGUACGACCCAACCGCGCUCAUGCAACAGGCCAGUAUCGUAGUUGAAUGCGGCCCGAGCCUCAACUUGGAGACGGACAAGUGA